AUGAUUAAUCGUAACUCUAAAGCUUCCAAAGGUCCGCUAUACAAUAACUCCGUUUUGUCAGAUAGUAUGUCUGAACUCUGUGAUGACGAGGUGAGGAAUUCUGGUCUGGGCGGAGCAGACACGCUUGAUUUGCCCCUGAAAUCAAGCCGUCUGAUGCAGAAUAGUAACUUCUCAGACCUUGAUUGGGAUUCCAUCGGUGAGCACAGCAGUAACGACCAUACAAAAUCCGGCAGUGAUACACCGACGAAUCCAGGCCCAAGUAACAAGCGGGUACGGUUUGAUGAAGAGGACGCGGCGCCCGCCAAAUCAAGGGCUGACGUCGAAGAGUUACUGACUACUGCGUCCGAGGUGAACGAUUUCGUUGGAGAAAAUCUAGAGAAGGUUAAUACAUUGAGUGUGAAUGGGACCCCCAAUGGAAACACUUUGUACAAGCUAAUGAGCGAUGUCAACACGAUGGGCACGACGAGAACGGAAUCGCUUUCGAAUUUUGACCUGAGUGACACAGCAGAUGAUGAUCCGGACUUGUGUGCCCUGGAUUCCGUGAAGAGUAAUUUACUGGACAAUGUGGAGACGAACAUCGAUAACAUAAUUCAAGACGAGGAUCCGUCGCUUUCCAAGAAGAACGUUUACUGCAGCACAGAGUCCGAGAGCGAGCACAAUAGAUCUGGCGAUUUGGAUAAAUCAGGUGAGUCCGGGAAUAGUAACGAUACCCUCGACGCUACACAGAAACUCUCUGAGAUAAACCUGUCAGAUUUCAGCGAGGAGCGUUGCAUUGAAAGUGUCCGUGAGUACUUAGCAAAACUUAACAACGGCUCGGCGGAGAAUGUCGAUGGCAAGUUGGAUGAAACUCCCUUAUUGUACGACCCGGCGACCAUCUCAGUGGAAGCAGGCAAUAUCCCCGUCGAAGAGGCGAUUCGUAACUUUGACGAAACUCUCCAGUUGAUUGAGGCAUUCUCGCAGAGAGAUGAUAUGGCGGAUGCUCCAUCUGAGGAAGGUGAAUCGUCCAUGUUCGACACUUUUGUAAUGAAGAAAACUGCAUCAAUAGGGUACCACGAUUUCCUGGAAAGGAUCCAGUCCAAGUGCAUGUUUGGGACGAUUGUCUACGAGUCGGCCACGUAUCUAUGUGCCCUCCUACUGUUGAGAAGAGACAAGGAAACCGGGUCAUUGAGACUGAAACACAAGCUUGUAGCGAACACAAUCCACCGGAUCAUCAUAGCCACGAUACGAAUAGGUGUCAAGUUAGUCGAGGAUUUCGUCCACUCACACCAAUACUUCUGCAAAGUUUGCGGCAUUUCGAAGAAACUGCUCAGCCGUUUAGAAGUCGUCCUCCUGUUGUGCUUGAAGGACGACAGGAUCGUGCUCACGUACGAACGGCUUGCAUCAUCGGUGGCCGUGCUCCAUGAGCUGCGGACAUACACCACAUCGUAG